AAUUUAAUGAAAACACAUUGUGAUUUAAUGAACUGUGCACAUCAUGUCUAAUAGUUUGGACAGUUUUUUAACACGUAUUGGGGAUGUUACUAUUGAACGUGUGACCCCUCGUUCAAGUUCUAAGCCUAAUGAAGCAGUAAUUUCGAAUGAAAACUCAACAAAUACAAACAUGAGUAAUGCAGAGCGUCAAACAGGAAAUGAUGAAAGUUCAGAGGAAUCUAGUGGUGAAACAUCUGAUGGAGAACAAGAGAAGAAAAAUGAUACUUUGCAGUCAGAGGAAAUAGAAGAAAUACGUUCAGAGGGUUCAGGGGAUGAUAUGGAUUUGGAUGAAACAAUUGAUUCUCAAAUUGGGGUAAGGAUGGAAUCGGAACAGUUACAUCAUUCUCAACCUGAGGAGGACGACGAUGAACCUGUCAACAUAUUAGAUACUUUGCCAUUGGAAGGAGCUCCAAUAGAAGGUCAAGAAGUAUCUGAAGCUGAUUUACUUGGAAAACCACUCUCAAAGGACACAGACGAUGAAGACAGUAUAGAACAUGAUGAUCAUGAGAAACAUGAAACUAAUUCCAUGGAAGAUGACAAUAGUGAGAAUAAUAAGAGGCAUGCAGAGUUAGAGCUUUCUGAUACAGCUAAAAAGAAACAAAGAAAAGAUGAUGGAUCUGAAGGAACUGCAUCCGAAUGUGAAACAAAGGCGGAAAAGAAAUUGGCAAAUAUGAGAAGAAACAUUCGGGAAGUUAUGGAUGAGACUCAGCUUGAUGAAGCUACUUUAUCUGCUCAACGACAAGAGAUGGAACGUCUUCGAAGGGUACAGGAACAACAGAGGAUCAUUCGCGAAGUUCAAAGACAAAUAGCAAUAAAUAGACAAAAUAAUAAAACACAGACAAGAGUAAUCAGUCUAUUACAAGGAAAACAAAAUCAAGCAGGUACUACCAUUUCGCAAUCGCCUUCAGCGUCGUUUUCAUCUACACCAGUUCGUUUACCAAAUACAGUGCUUCUCAAAGUAAAUUCUGGGACUGGAUCUCAGACCACAUCUAGUAUGCAAGCAAGUCAAAUGCAAAGAAGGACAGUAGAUGGAUCACGUUGGCAAAAGGGCAGGGGUGUGUAUCAAGGGGCACAGACAUCAAUUUCUAGAGUCCCAACUCGUCCUACUGGUCCCAAUAUGUUGCAACAAAGAAUUCGAAUGAUGACACCUUCCGUGAGCAUAUCGCCUGUUGUUCCUAAAAAGGAACCUAUGGAUAGGUCUGAGUAUUAUUCAGAUUCCGAAUUAUCAGACAUAGAAGCUGAGGAAGCACUACGCGAAAAACAAAUGCACGCAACUAGAAAAUUGUGUAUUGGGCCAAAGCCUCAAAAAGGGGCUAAAGGCAAAGAUGUGGUUACAAUAUCUAGUUCUAGUGAAAGUUCAGAUGACGACUGCAUAGUUUUAAGCGAUCCAAGCGGAGAAGAAGAAACAGACAACGAAGAUGAUCCAUCCAAUUCUGGCAUGCAUACCAAUGAUAGAUACAACAUUCCAGAUGAACAUGGUAGAGUGUUAAUUAAUGUGGGUCAUCCAGAAACUGAGCCUGAUGUGUUUCUAGCGCCACAGGUAGCUCGUAUUAUUAAGCCUCAUCAGAUUGGUGGUAUUCGUUUCCUGUAUGACAAUAUUGUAGAAAGCAUUGAAAGGUAUAAAACCAGUUCUGGCUUUGGUUGCAUUCUAGCUCAUAGUAUGGGUUUAGGGAAAACUCUUCAGGUUGCUAGCUUUUGUGAUAUAUUUUUUCGAUGCACUACAGCUAAAACAGUUCUUUGUAUCAUGCCUAUUAAUACACUGCAAAAUUGGCUCGCAGAAUUUAACAUGUGGUUACCAUACAAGGACCAUAAUGCAACAGAAAAAGGUAUUAAGAGUUUAAGUGUUAAAUCUGAACCAGGCAUAGAACUUAAACAGGAAGUUAAAGAUGAAUGUGGAAAUCAGAGUGAUAUUUCAAAUAUGUCAAGGCCUAUUAGUACAGAAUCAGCUCAUCGUUUCGGGCAAGAGAAUCCGCCGCAACCUAUGAAUAUCAUGUCAGAAAAUCCAUACUCUCAUCAAGGAUAUGAAACUCACAACAUGAUGUCUAGUUAUAUGCAGGACAGUAUGUUAAACAAAAAUAUGUCGGAUCCACAAGUACAUGUGAAUGAAAAUUAUCAGGCAGACAUUUCACAAAAUACUCUGUAUAAUACGAAUCCAAAUCCAUUGUCUAAUUUCGAUCCAAUAAAGCCAGAAAUAAAUUGUCAUGGCAUGCAACAAAGACUAAGCAUGCCAGAUACUAAAUUUGGUGUGGACAGUCAGAACUCUGGUCACAUGUAUCCUAGUUUAGAAAGUCGAUCACAACCACCUAUGUAUUCAAACAUAGAAAACCGAAAUCCUGGUACUUUGUACCCUAGUCCAGAAAAUCAUCAUCCUGGGUCAAUGUAUCCAAAUUAUGAUAAUUCUACCAAUUCCUUUCCUAAUUAUACAAAUCGACCGACUCAAGAAUCGGAUCAAGAAUCGAGAAAAGAAUGCUUCAAAAAUGCUAUGUCUUCUGUCGGUACAGAAAUUAAUGUAAAGAAGGAACCAGAAGAACCAGUUAAAAAGGAGGAAGGUACUUGUACAACAAAAGAGGAUACAGCUAGUGAAGAGAAAAAGGAGGUUGAAAAAGUUAAAACUCCGGACUGUGUAGACGCUCCUAUUGGAAUGGAACUAAGACCAAGGCAUUUUCGAUUACAUAUCUUAAAUGAUUCUCAUAAAACAAUGACAGCAAGAGCCAAAGUAAUUCAAGAGUGGCAAGUAGGAGGCGGUGUUUUGUUAAUCGGUUAUGAAUUAUACAGACAGUUAUCUUUAAAAAAACCAAAUAAGGCAAAGAGAAAACGUGGACAACCUUUCAAAGACACUGUCGAUGUCGAGGAAGAAGAUAAAAAUAAAGGAUUAUUAAAUGAGAUGCAUGCAGCUCUAGUUAAUCCAGGGCCUGAUUUGGUUAUAUGCGAUGAAGGCCAUAGAAUAAAAAAUUCUCAUGCUAGUAUUAGUAUGGCUUUGAAACAAAUGCGCACAAAACGUAGGAUUGUAUUGACUGGCUAUCCAUUGCAGAACAAUCUCUUGGAAUAUUGGUGCAUGGUUGACUUCGUAAGACCUAAUUACCUAGGAACUAAAAGCGAGUUCUGUAAUAUGUUUGAAAGGCCCAUUCAGAAUGGGCAGUGUAUUGACUCAACGCCACAGGACAUACGAUUGAUGCGUUAUCGUGCUCAUGUACUCCACGCUUUACUGGAAGGUUUUGUACAAAGAAGGUCACAUUCUGUAUUACAAGUUUCAUUGCCGCGUAAAGAGGAAUAUAUUCUUCUUGUUCGGAUGACAACGCAUCAACGCAAAUUAUACGAUACAUUUAUGAAUCAAGUAGUUAAAACACGCGCCGUUCCUAAUCCCUUAAAAGCGUUCGCUGUAUGUUGCAAGAUCUGGAACCAUCCUGAUAUUCUGUAUCAUUUUCUACGUAAGCGUCAAGCUAAUGAAGAAGAUGAUUUGGAUUUAGAAGAAACGAUUGGUGAAAAACCUGCUGCAGCUGGAGGGAAACGUUCAAAAGCUCGCCAGCCAAAAGGAGAGACUAAAAAGGGAAAGAAGACAAAUACAACAAUAAAAAAUAAACCGGCGGCUAGUGUGCAACCUAAUGCUUCAUCAUCAUCGUCAAACGCUGACAACAUAGAGUCUGAUAACUCGCAUACUACUUCCAAACAAAGCAAUUACACUAAUUAUUCUAUGCCAAUGAAUAAUUCAGGGUACUCAAAUCCAGUGUCACAAAAUUCGUAUCCCCAUAGUUAUCCGAAUUACAGAUCAAAUGACCAGAAUUCAUAUUACAGAAAUGAUAAUAAUCAUGGAGAAUAUAAUGAAUUUUACAAUAAUCAAGGGUCACAGAGGUAUGGAAAUCAAUCAUUCCAAACAUAUGCACAAGCCCCAGGUUACAAUACUUCACAAAACUAUCCUAAUCAGUCACAAAACUAUGUACCAAAUAAUGAACAGACUACAAAUAGUCAUUCUCAAAGGUAUCCGACUGCUUCUUCUAAUUCCGAAUUUCGUCCAGACCAAAGUCAAGGAGGAAAUAAUUAUGAAGUACCUGGAAUGUUUUCACGGCAGGCUUAUCCUUAUCAAGAUCAUGGACGGAAUUAUACAUCGAAUUUAAAUCAAGGAUCCAGUAAUUAUUCUCAAGUUCCAAAUCAGUCGUCUUUUCAAUCACAAAUGCCAAAUCAGUCUGCAAACAUGUCGAUGCCCGAUUAUUCUCCAUACACACCAAAUCAAGGCCAAAAUUACAGUUCUGCACCAGGGCAAACAAGUUCAAUGUAUUCACGAAGUGAAAACCAACCGCUACAAACCUCUACAUUGGGAUAUAGUGCUAAUCAACAAAAUUCAAAUGCAACUCCUCAAACGUCAACAACUGGAUAUCUUCCAAAUCAACAAGGACAGGGCGCAGCUGCUGGUCAGAAUCGUGGCUUUUCACCUAAUCAACAAAAUCAGAAUCUUACUUUACAAAAUUCUUCUCACACUUAUACUGGGCCACAGUCCCAAAACAUGCCAUUACCUAAUCAGCCCCAUAAUUAUCCUCCUCAAGUAAAUACUAAUUCUUCGUCACAAUCAUCUCUUCCUUUCAAUCAACAAACAACAAAUCCAAUGUCACAAAAUCAGUCAAACCCUUAUAUGACGAAUUCAUCGAAUCAAGCCUCGAUUUCACAGAAUCAAAUGCGUGGAUACCCCGCAACAGCUCCAAAUCAAAUAAACGUGCCACCAAAUUCAUCUUCCUAUCCAACAGGACAGUCCACUUCAAAUACUCCUACUCAAACACACGGAUAUCCUCAGGAUCAACAGGGCACAGUUUCAAAUUCACAGAGCACUCUGCAUGGAUAUUCACAUCUGGUGUCUUCAUCAGCAUCGCAGAGUCAGUCCUCAUAUCCGCCUAAUGCACAAAACCAACCAGGAGCCCCUCCAGGACCAAAUCAUGCGUACAGUUCGAAUCAUCAAGGUUCAGCAUCAAUGCCACAGACUCCGACUCAUAGAUAUGGACCUUCUCAACAGGGACAAGUAUCGCAAUCUCAGAAUCAGUCUCUUACAUAUCCCCAAAAUCAGCAAACACCAGCUCCUUCGUUGAAUCAAAGUGAUCAACUUUACUCCAGACCGGAUGGUCAGCAACAAGGUCAGAAUUACGCACCGACAUCCAAUACGGCCCAUGAGUUUUCAACUGAUCGACAAGGUGGAAAUUCGUCCGCUAAUCCAACAAAUAACUAUCCAGUAAACCAAACACAGCCACAGAAUCCGGUUUUAUCGAGUUACUCGUCUGAUGGUACGCAUCAAAACCAAGUAGGCCAAAUGAAGGGACCAGAAGAUCCUUAUUGGCAACGAAAUUAUUCUCAACCAUUUCGAUCUGAUCAGUGUAAUGAUCCAUAUUACCGGGAUGUAAAUCCUAAUGUGAAUAGAUACCAAAACAAUUACUUUCCAUCACAAAAUUAUCAGAAUCAAUUCAAUGAUUACAGCAAUAAUCAUAGCUCAGAUGCGAAUUCGCGUACAGACGAUUCGAAACCCCAGCAGCCUGUUAGUAAUAUUCCAAAUUCAGGAUCAUGCGACAAAAAUGGCAAAGAAAUGACAUCGAGUGUUGGUGUACAGAGUCAACCAAUACACCAAAGUAACGUGUCUACAAGUUCCAACUAUAGUUCUGAAUCUGGUUGCCAGACUCCAGUAUCCAGAUCUGUUCAAAGUCUUGGUUCGUCGCAUAGUCCUCGACUGAAUCAAACUGACUUAGUGAAAGAAGAAGAUCGAGAAAAAGAAGAUUUAUUAGACAAAGAUAAAGAAGACAAGUCAGACGAUGAAAUUCUUACAAAAGACGAAGAAAAGGAUUGUAAAAGUUCUCCAGGAGGAAAAGAAGAUCCUGGAAUUCCAUAUGAUUGGGCAACGGAAUUAAUGAAGGGAUACGUACCGGGAUUAAUUGAUGCAUCUGCAAAAAUGACAAUUUUCUUUUGCAUUUUGGAAGAAGCAAUUAAGCUUGGUGAUCGCGUUUUAGCAUUUUCUCAGUCUUUAUUCACAUUGAAUCUCAUAGAAGACUUUUUAGCUAGGAAUAGUUUGAAAUAUCCAGACGGGCAAACAGAUGCUUGGAUAAAAAAUGUAAAUUAUUAUAGAUUAGACGGAAGCACCAGCGCUUUAGACAGAGAGAAGCUUAUCAAUGAGUUUAAUAACAAUCCAAAAAUACAUCUUUUUCUCGUUUCAACGCGUGCUGGUUCACUAGGCAUAAAUCUUGUCGGCGCGAAUCGAGCCAUUGUCUUUGAUGCUUCUUGGAAUCCUUGUCAUGAUACACAAGCCGUUUGCAGAGUGUACAGGUACGGUCAACAAAAGCCGUGCUUUGUUUACCGCUUAGUUACUGACAAUUGCCUGGAAAGGAAGAUAUACGACAGGCAAAUUAGUAAGCAGGGAAUGGCAGAUCGAGUUGUUGAUCAGUGUAAUCCAGAUGCUCAUCUCUCACUGAAAGAAGCAACUACAUUGUCUUGGGAUUGGGAAGAGGAUAGUCAAGUGCAAGAUUUUUCGCAAACCAAGGAUAGUUAUACCGAUGAAGUUAUGCAUCGUGUAUUGGAACGAUACUCGUCUUUGCUUACGAAGCAGCCAUUCCAUCACGAAAGCCUUCUCGUAGAUCGGAAGGAUAAAAAGCUUAGUCAAGCUGAAAAGCGAUUAGCACGUCGUGGAUAUGAACUUGAAAAAAUGGCUGCCAAUUGUUCGAGACCUAGUUACAAUUAUGUGCCUGGAAAUACCGCGACACGGGCAGGAGGAUUACAAAUUAGAGCAAUUCGAGGUGGUGACAGUGGUACUACGUCCAAACCAGUCGCUUCAGUUCGACCGAUGCAACAACGUGGUGCAGAGGGCUUAGGCACACGCGGUGUGACCGGAAGUCGCUGGAUACCGGCCGAAGUAUGGCAAAGACAAGGAAUGAGUGCACAAGAGAUGACGCUACCUUUGGAUGUCGUUAUUCCUACUAAUUCGCCUGAUAAAGGAAGUAUUGUCCUUAAAGCUGGUCAGCGAGUAAUGGUUCUGAAGAGUCCGAAAGGAAUCUAUAUGCAAUUAGAGUCUGGAAAGAUUAUAGCGAUUCGAACAGCUCUGAAGUUAAAUCAACAGAAACGAGAAGAAGAACCGAAAAAAGGUGUAUCAGCGAUUGUGCAGAGAAACUCUAAGCCAGAGGUCGGAUUUCCAUUGAGAAACAAUUCCGCCAUAUCUAUAAUCCCGAAAUCGUCUUCGAGUAAUCAGACAAGUGGUCGUCCGAUUAAUAAACCAGGAACUGGACCUAAUUAUAGGCCAUUUGCCGAUAAAGAAAUUUCAAAAAGACCAAAACCCGUUGCUACCGCAACAGCUAAGCCUUACACGAGUCAAGUUAAUUUAACGAAUCAAGUUUCUCUGUCGAGGUUACCAAGAGUGAAACAAGAGCCAGUAGAUCAUUCAACGCUUGGAGAAAAUUCGAACUCAUCGGAUGGUCAAGUUAGAACGGAACAAAGAGUCGAAGAAGUUCGAUUAGAAGAUGUUGUUGCGGAAGUAAGUUCAAACACUGAUUACAGUCCUUCCAAUCACAAUAGGGUAUCCAAUUCCGAUACCGAUACGUCUUUGCAAAAGUCAUCCGAAGAGAAUAGUCAAGUAUACGCUUCGGAUACUGUAACAACACAAGGUGUUCAAACGCAACACGAGCAAACGGAAACGGAAUUGACAUCAAAACAUAAUAAACAAUGUUCCCCUUCAAUCGAGAAACAAGUUAUGAAAACAAACGACGCAUUAACGAAUUAUGGUCAUGGUUUUCAAAAUCAGCAAGAAAAUAGGGAUGCUCCUAACGAUGAGAUUAUAAUUGAAGAUCCACCACAGGUAUCGUCUCAGAUACAGACACAGUUACCAUCUCAGAUGCCUUCGCAAAUGCCACCACAAGGUCCACCGCACGUACCACCUCAAGUGAUGCCUCAAGUAACAUCCCAAGUACCGUCGCAGCUACCACCACAGAUGUCACCUCAAGUACCUCCACAAAUGUCACCACAGGCACAACCGCAGAUACCAACUCCAAUACCUCCACAAGUGCCGGCCCAUGUACAACCACAAAUACCUCCACAGGUACAAUCACAAGUAUCACCACAGGUAACUCCACAAAUGCCAUCACAAAUGCCACCUCAAAUGUCAUCUCAAGUUGGGACACAAGCAACUUCUUCCGCGCCAUUGACGCCAUUGUUAACGCAACAGUCUACACCAUCGACGAUGCAGGUACCACCAAUACCUACGUUACGGGGCACAGAAGUUACUAAAGGUAUAACAGAUUCGACUGUGGGCUCGACUGCUACAUCCGUAUGUACUGGCACCAAUACAAUGACUUCUCCAAAAAUGACGGAAUCGAGUAUACGUGAAACAUCUAUGCAAGGUGAACCCAAUAUCCCACAAGGUUAUCCUUAUGCACAGUACCCUCGGUACUACGAUUACAGUGAUCCUAGAUCGCGAUCAUUAGCUACCCCCUACGGUACAUAUUUCCCCGGCGUGCCACCUCAUACAUCGAAUCCCAGAUUGCCUGUAGACACCACUAAGACGCAACCGGACUUAGGGAAGCCGAUGGAAGAUAGAACAAUGAUGAAUGUACCUCCUACAUAUUCGCAAGUACCUAAUACUACUGCCAAAACGUUAGCAAAUACAACGGAAACUAAAGGUGCCGAAGCAGUGGUAACUACAACGGUCGCUAGUACCCCUAGUAGGGAUGAUACGCAUAUACCUACUGCGUUCAGUCAUCCCACAAGUAGCCGGUACCCUGGACCUUAUCCGCCCGGACCGUACGAUCCAUAUUCGCAGCACUAUCCGCCAGCACCAGGUUCUUCAGCUACUUAUCCGCCAAGUGUUUGUGAUGUAGGUGCGCCUGGGUACCCAACAUACGGCGGGCCGACCUAUAAUACAGAUUACGCUCGUAUGUAUUCAGCAUUUCACGGUCCUCCUCCACCGGCGGACCCAUACAUACAUAGAGGUUACGCGCCUCCGUCUUCUCAUCCGCCUAAUUACUAUCCACCAUUCCCACAUCCUCCGCCACCUUAUCCCAAUUAUUCAUUUUUAUCGCCAUAUCCAAACCCCAAUAUGCCUAGCGAGCCGCAACCACCUGCUCAGUAGGAAAGUCACGUGGUUAAUUCGACGAACGAUUAUAGUAUAAUAAUUUCGUAAACUGUCGCAUAUUGCGAAAGAUUGAAGGCUGUCGCGGUUCAGAAGCUUAAUAGACUGAAGCUGUAAAAC